AUGCUCGCCCAAGUGCUUCUGACGUUAACAAUAACGUUGAACACAAUACAAACAGUGAUGGAACGGGAAAAAGCGCUUUUCGAUGUGAAUAAAUUUUAUGUGAAUCCAGAUGAUUUAACGUCGGAUCAUUGUACAAUUCAAGAUUCAUUGAGGAGAGCAGAACAUUACUUCCUCGAAACGUGUCCGACAACGUACGAUCCAGUAUGCAACGAUCCAAUAUUUAAUAAAAAUCACGAAUUCGAAUUUCGAUGUCGUUUUCCGAUGAGAACGAACAGAGUGUUAUCAAUGAACUCAACGAGUUUUCUCGAUUUAAUGAAAAUGAGAGAUCCGUACGCAAGAGAUUGGUGUAUGAUUGUGCUAUUCCACUCGCCCAGCUGCCCAUUUUCCGCUCGUUUAGCGCCACAUUUCAACCAGAUUCCCGGCAAAUUCGAGAAUAUUCUGCCGGUUGCUGUCGAUGCUUCUGAUUUCUCAAAAUCGCAUCGGCUCAAUUUCCGUUACGGAGUAUCCGGAACUCCAACAGUUCUGUUGUGGGUUAAUGGUCAAGGUGUCGGCAGAAUGGGAAAUAAAGAUUUGGAUUUGGAGAACAUUAAGAAAUUGAUCACAACUCACACUGAUCUGAUUGAAGUAAAGGAAAAAGUUGAGAAGGAAAACAUUAUUCCGGAGAAAUUCAUAGAGUUUGGUGCAGAGUUAAAGGAUCUGUCAGGUGAAAUGAUCGAAAAUCAAUUGUCAAAUAUAUUGACCUUCUUGUUUUCUGUUUUCGUCUGUGCUACCACCUUCAUCUACCACGUCCGCGAACGAAUUCUCCUCAGUGCCCCAGUUCUCCAAUGGUUUCAAUCGAGAUGCGGUGGUCCACUCUGUGAGGAUAUCUACUUUCUCUUCUAUGUAGUGGCUCCCCGUAAUCGUGCUCCUCGUCCAGCAACUACAGCUCCAGCAGCAGCAGCUCCUGCGGCUCCAGAAGAAGUUCCAGAAGCUGCUCCAGAAGUUGCUCAAAAUGACGAUGAGUUGGCACCUCUCGUCAUUGAAGAUUAG